UUGUUAAACAGCAUACGGGAAUCUGAAUCUGGAGACUGAGUUUCACUUAAUGGCCGCUAGAGGACGAUCGAUUGUUUUUCUUUGAAUCAACGGCGGAGAAUAGAUGAAGAAGAGGACUUUUAAAUUCUGCUCUGGCGGACCUGGACACGCCGAAUACUAAAAAACGUUCAUGACUAGUCAAGUCCUGAGCUUUUGAACGUUAACGUUUCGGAGCAACGUUGACAAACACGAUGGAGACGUCGGGGGCAGAUGGCUCCUCUCAGCAGCCGAUUGUGUUCUUCGAUUUAGAGACAACUGGACUGGGGCCAACGUGCGAGCUGGUACAGCUGGCGGCGCUGAGCGGAGGCUGCUCUCUCAACCUCUACACAGUCCCUCGCUGUCGAAUGGAACCGGGUGCCGCCAGGGUGACGGGCCUCAGGGUGCGCCGACGGCGGCUGUACCUCCACGGCCGCCCCGUGCCCACCAGCGCCCUGCGGGAGGUACUGCUGUCCUUCCUCGCCUUCCUUCAAAGGCUCCAUCGCCCCCUGCUGGCGGGCCACAACAUCCGCCGCUUCGACUGCCGACCUCUGACCCGAGCCCUGGACGAGACGGGCCUUCGAGCGCAGUUCGAUGCGUCCGUCGCCGGCUACGUGGACACGUUGCAGUUGGCCCGGGAGGUGCUGAGGGAUUGCGGCAUGCGCAGCUUCAAGCAGGAGUACUUAGUGAAGGAGUUGAUGGGCAUGAACUACAACGCUCACGACGCUUUUGAGGACGUGCUCUCUUUGCAGAAGCUUUACUAUGUGCUGCAACCCAAGCCGGAGAUGGUGGCACACUACACGUUCAGUCUGAGUGACGUGAAGAAGGUCGCCGCUGCCGACGAAUUGAGCAGAGCUCCCAAAGGCAGGCGCCUGCUGCCAGGACAGCGCCUUCUUUGGCAGCACCUGGAACAACCAGUCAAGAAUAUCGAUGGGAGCACGGCAUCACGCCACAGAACUUAGUGUUGACAUUGGUGACCAAAUUUCUAAAGUCAUCUCAUACUCAGAUGUACUCCGUGGCAUUAUUUUUCUACUGCCAAAUAAAUCUAAUAAAUAUUUUUUACUGGC